AAUCUACAAGAAAUACUAUUUCAGGUGCUCAAAAAUGUACGCAAUGAGCGCACAUAGGAUUCUUCCUAUACACAGAUCAAAAAUAUUACUACCCUUAUAAAAUCGACAACGGCAAGUUAUGUAUACGUCAAUUUUGAUUGCACUUUUUGCAUUUCGAACAAUUACAUAUGCGGAGAAAGAUCCAUUGAUCUUCAUAGCCAAUCCCGUCGAAGCUGCAAUGCCUGGUCAUUGGAUACCCUUAAGUAUAGUCAAAGUAAUACUCGGAGGGACAACAGAAGACACUGCAACACAAAAAAAAUUGUUGUUUAUAAGAACUACGACAACUACGACGACAAAAAAAUACACCGGGCCAACAACCGCAGAGCCAACUAUCGCGGAGCCUACAACAACGCCUACGAAAGUUAUAACAAAAGUAUUGGAGAUUUCAAAACUCACUAGUCCCCCGACAGCGAAAACAUUAUCUACGAUGACAAUAAAGUCGCCAGCGGUGGUGAAGCCGACGCCGAUGAAAUUAAAAAAGCCAAGUGUAUCCAUAAUUGCGAAAGCACUAACAAAACAUAGAACCACCGUAGCACCUACAGCCAUAAUAACAACGGCAACACCGGAAACAAAGACGACCCCAACAACAACGCCAGCGUCAUCAACUACGAAGAUGCCAAAAAAAACGAUGACGAUUCUUAUAACGACAACGAAACCAACAACUGCGAUGAUGACAACCAUAAUGACGGCGUCAACUACGGCGAAGACGCCAACUACGACGACUCCGUCUACCACAACGACAACGCCAACCCCAACAACGACAUCAACCGCAACGGCAAGGCCAAUCGCUACAACGACGCCAACCACAACGACGACAAAAGCCAAAAAAGGGAAAAAUACGAUGCCAAUCACAACGCCAACGCCAACCACAACAACUAUGCCAACCACAACGAUAACGCCAACCACAACAACAACGUCAACCUCAACGACAAGGCCAACCACAACAACUACGCCAACCAGAACGACAACGCCAACAACAACAACGAUGUCAACCACAACGACAAGGCCAACCACAACAACGACGCCAACCACAACGACAACGCCAACCACAACAACUACGCCAACCUCAACAACGACGCCAACAACUACAAUAAAGACGACAACUACGACUAAGCGAAAGACAACCACGAGACGUCGCAUUCCCAAACGUGGAGAUAAACCAUUUAGCGAUCGACCCGAAAAUCUUUUAAAUUUAUAAAGUUUUUAAUGGUUUUUAUAUUAUUUUACAUGAUUCGAGCGACAAUAUUACUGCAGGCUGAGCCAUAAAUCAAUUCAAGAAGCAAGCAAAUGACUUCUAUGCAUGAUUUUCCUCACCAAAUUUUUGUGA